UUGUGAAAUAUUAUUACAAAUUAAAAGAACUGUUUUCUUUUCGGAUAUGUUUAAUAAUGUAAUUUAUUUCUGUGUGUCAGGGUUAUGUUUAGUUUCAUUGUGUUUUAGUUUGUUUUUCCCAAUUUCCUGAUUUCCUGUGGGUUUUUUUCCUUGAUAAUUUCCUAGGUUUCUGAUUAAUUACAAAUGUGUAUCAUUUAGCUCCCAUGUUUGCACGAUUAAUCAAAAAUAAACCACACGCUAUUUGGUAAUUGGCUGCGAGUUUUUUUGUUUUUGCGCAGCUUGUCAGUGAAGUCCGGUUAAAUGCCGCUCCAUCUGAAAGCCAGAGGGCGCUCUUGCGCAGAAACUCCAAAUAUGCCCCACAGAAGAAAGAUAAUGCACAUAGUUCCAGGAAAUGCCUAUGGACAUCACACUUUCGCCUUAGCUGAAUAAAGAGAAGAUUGAAACGCUUUGAUUAAACAUGACAAUAUGGUUUAUCUGAGUUCUUCAAGCCUUCUUGGGUAUUUUCAUGACAAUAAAGUAUAUUUAUAAUGCAAUGCUAAUAAACAGCCUUUAUCACUGUAUAGAAUACUAUGAAAUAAUAUUCUUGUAUGCCUUGUUCUGUGUAAGAAGCCACAUCAUCAGAAGGAUGUUAUUUCAAACACUCGACUGACAUUAUGAAGUAAGUUUGGAGUAAAAAUAUGUUAUUAAAUGUUGUCCUUUGUUGGACAAGACAUUCAUAAAUGUUUCUCAUGUUUGGAAAGAUGUUUGACGCAUGUUGCUUUUUCAAAUGCACAUCAUAAGCGACUCAAACUCUCAGUGCUUUCAGAUGGAGUAGCAUUUACUACUGAUCACGGAGCUAUACUUCACAGACAAGCUGCUCCUUUGCGAUUUCAUAAUUCACUGAGCCAAAUGGUUUAAGCGCGAUUUUGGGUUAAUUGUGAUUAAUCGUUCAGCCUUUAUAUAUAUAUUCGCUCUGUUUUGUUCAGUUCAUUGUCCGGUAUCAUCAGUGUUAUAUGUGGUUGUUAUUGUUUUCUUUCUUUUCCUCUCCCCCUGCUCUGCCUAGAGCACAGGGACGGUUCCCUGGAGGACCGCACAAGAGUUUUUUUGGACUUGGUGUGCCUAACUCACUAAUCCGGACCAAGGCACGCCUUCCAGGGAACGGUCCUCAAGAGGAUUUCGCCAUAUUUCUGGAGUGGGUGCUGGUGAAUAAUGGAUUGUGUUCUCUAUUGGCAGAGCGGAGGACUUCACCAGCCCUACUCCAGACCCAGAGCCCAGCCAUCACCCUGCUGCACGGACAUGACGCCAGAGCCCACCGCAGACAGAGGACUACAGUCUACCACGAUCACAACGUUAGCAGUCAGGACUGAGCCAAGGAUCGUCCUAGAGCCCAAGGCCGACGGAUCAUCUGACCAUGUUCCACCCAGCUCAAACUAUCCUGUUGUUCUGCUGGUUCCGCCUAGCUCGAAGUCUCCUGUGUCUCCAGAGUUCCCACCCAGCCUACUUCUCCCGCCUCCUCUUCCAGAAUCAGCCAGUUCCUCAAGAGGAUGGCUGGCUUCGCCUCCAGCCAUCGAUCCCAUCACUCCACCUUGGUCUGUUGACCUGACGGCUCCACCAUGGCUCCUCCCUCCCUCGGCUCCAUCUCUGUCCAUCUUCUCCCUGGUAAUGACAGCCAAAUCUCCACGGUGGCUCCUCCCUCCUUUGACUCCACCGUGGGCCAUCAUCCUGGCUGUGCUCUGGGUCCCCGCAUGGCUCCUCCUGCUCCUGGCUCCUCCCUUCCUCCACUCCCUCUGGGCUGUUCAGCCAGCUCCUACUUGGUUACUUCCCUCUCCAGCUCCACAUCCACCACCUGAAUAAUGACAUCAAUGAUGCUAAAUGUAAUUGUUUCUUGUGCAUUUUGUAAUGAUCACAGUGUCCCAAAUUUAGGUAUAAGCAUCUUCACAAAAUAUAGUAUUCAGUUUGUGUGGGCUACUUAUAAGUAUUAUUAUUAUUUUUUUUUAUUAUUUUUUUUUUUUUGGACAAUGAGCCUUUGGUCACCAAACAACUUGAGGGUGAGAAAUGAUGACUGCUGUUAUAACAUUCUAGUGUAAUUCAGAUGAAUCUGUUUGACUGAGAUUGUGUUCUUUGCUUUGUCUGUCAUUAAGUUAAUAUUUAACUGAAUUCAAUAAAUGUAUCUAGAAUUUUUCAUUUAGUAUUUUACAUUGACACAUUUUUUAAAAUUAUGUAUUUUGAUAUUCUGCAGAUUGGCAUAAUUUUACUCUGGAGGGCUUCAUUGGUCCGUUUUCACGAUUUUCAAUUUUGUGCUAUAACAACUAAGUUGGCAAAUAUUUGCAUUUAUUUCCCCUAAUAAUAUAUUGGAUGAUGCUUCAUUCUCUUGUACAUGUUCAAAUCAUCUCUAAAUAUGUUACAAUUUGGCAAAUGCCCUCUGUUCUUAAGGGGGCAUCAUCCCCUAUAUUUCAUAUAACCGUAGAUAAUAUUAGGGACAUGUUGCCUGUCUAGUUGAGAUUUUGAGUUGUGAAAUAACUUGUGGUGGCAGUAUGUUUUAUUGCUCUGGCUCAGGAGGCUGGUGAGAACAUCUGCCUAAUUGUUUUGUGUCAUUGCGGGGCCCCAUCGCAUACUCAUUGUAGAAUUAGCUGUGACAGUGUUUGCUCUGAGAGAUACUGACAUGUUGGCUCUCGCUCUGCACACCUCAGUAUGCGGGCCCCGCUAUCACCUCGGGUGGCCUAGUGCGUGCUGGCUGAAUCUCCUGACACAACACAGAGCCACUGGUUUCAUUCAGAUAUACAUUAGUUUUGGCCCGUGAGGCAUCUUGUGUCUCAUAAACUUCUCAUUAAGGGUUUAUUUUGCUGGCUGGGCUGCCGAAGAGGGCCGGGGUUGUGGCAAUGCCCACCAGAGCAUGCUCUACACCAGAGAUUCACAGGAGUAUGUGAGACAUAAAAGCCACUCUUUCUUCUUCUGGCUUGCAGCAAGCAUUAGCUGCUUCAAUGCCACAGGUUCACUGAACCAUAGGUGCAUUCUGUGUAAUUCACGCAAUGCCAUCUGAACAUGACGAUAGUGGUGGAAGUCACUCUAGAUGAAAGCUGCAAUGCCAUAUAAUUCUUAAGCCUGUUUCAGACCAUACAAUGAUGCAUUUUGUACCAGGCAUGGAAAUAGCAAGCACUGUGGGAUGGUUAAUUUGUGGGCCAGCUGUCAAAACCAAAUUUAUAUGUACAACAUAAAGACAUAAUUAUUUAAUAAGUGAAUAUCUAUUAGUAUUGUCUUUACAUUACUGUACUGUAUGUUAUUUGCAAGGUAAUCAUAGUCUUGAUAUUUUUAAGUUACUUUUUAUUUCUAUUUUAUUUUCAAUUUGUUUCAUUUAGUUAGCUAGUGAUUGUUUUUGUUAGUUUAGUUUUAAGUUUUAGUUUUUUUUUAGAUUUCAGUUAAUAGUCUUGUCAAAAUGAAUGUGGUAACUUGUCUUUUAAAAAUGUCUGUAUGCAUUUUAAUUUCUUAGCACAGGCUGG